AUGGCCCAGCACCUCUCCCCACUCCGGUCACCCCGAAAACCCGCCCCGCCAGUUGCAUACCACAAUUUCCAAAACUCGCCCAAGCGCGACCCGUCGCGGGACUCGACUGUCGAAAGCGCCGGCCAGGCUGCAGAUAUAUUCGACCUCUAUGGCGCUCUGGGGGAAGACGAGGAAGUGGGAGAUAUGAUGGAACGGCUGGAUAUGCGGCAGAGAUGGACGAGUGGAAGGGAUGGAGUAAAAGGAGGGUCUGUGGAGGGGGAGGAGGAGGGGAGUAGUUGGGAGGGACCUAUGAGGGCUCUUGCGAGUACACCUGAGAGGCAAGGGAGAUGGAGUAUGGCUUCAGAGAAUACCCCCGAUAUCUCCAUUACGUCCCCGCCGACACCUUCACCUCCUGCGGCACCAUCGACCCGUCCGCCGUCCCAGCCCCAUACCCCAAGUCCUCGACGUCGAAACGAAAGUCAGUACUCUGCCAUCACAGUGUCAACGACAGACUCUCCUGGGCGGUCUAGCCAGAGGUUGAGCCCUGCGGAUACCACUGGAAAGCCGCGAUCCAGCAUGAGCACUGGUUUCUCGACAACGACGGAUGGAGCACAGAGCCAGACGAGCGUGGCUGGUUCGUCUAGGUAUCCCGGGGAGGAAGAAGAUUCUUUUUAUGUCAGAUCUACUUAUGCGAGGCUUGAUGCAGAGGGUGUCCAUGGAGAUGGCUGGGACCAAGGUGUAGAGCGCACGCGGGGUGGACCAGCCACGCUGAAUAAACGAGCUACCAUGUUGUUUGCGACCAAGUCAGGAGACUUGGGGGAGAAGGAGAAGCAGUACUUGUCGAGUCUCGAUCGGUAUGGUUUCGUCAAGGAGCCCCAUCGAAACCGCUCCGAGUCCCGCCUCGCCUCCAUCCCCUCUGCCGCCCUAUCCAAAGUCCCAAAGCUCCCUUCGCAUUCUCCAUUAUCCGGCAAACCCCCAGUCGAACCCAACAACAACUUCGGUCCCUCCAACGGCAACUGCCCCACCGCCAACCCGCCCAAGAGCCCAUCUCUUGACGGAAGUGCAGAAGACCGUGCUAAACGGAAAGAGACUGAAAGAGUAGGGAAAUGGGCCAGGAUGAUGAAGGUCAAGAAGAGAGAUCCGGGAGGGAAUAUUGCAGAGUGGGAAUGGAGCCAUGAUGGGCAAGGGGCAAAGCUGCAGAAUCGGGUGUAUAAGGGGAUACCUGAUAGGUGGCGAAUGGCCGCGUGGUGGACGUUGUCGGAUGGGCAGGCUCAGCAAUGGAAAGGGAAGGGAAAGGGGAAAGCAUCUGCUCCUGAGCUGAUAAAGGACUACAACGAUUGUAUCAACCUCCCAUCCACGUUUGACGUCCAGAUCGAUCUCGACGUUCCUCGGACUAUCAGCGGUCAUACCAUGUUUGUCACACGGUACGGCACCGGUCAACGGAAUCUUUGGCACGUACUGCAUUGUUUUGGUCAACUGUGUGAGACUUGUGGGUAUGUUCAGGGUAUGGGACCGAUAGCAGCGACGCUGCUGUGUUAUUAUGAACCCGAGAGAGCUUAUGCGCUCAUGGUCCGCUUGCAUGAUGUGUAUGGGAUGCACGACAUCUUUGAGCCUGGGUUUCCGGGGUUGCUUGAAGCGUUUUACGUGCAGGAACGGUUGAUGGAAUGGCUCAUGGCAGAUGUCUACCAAUCUUUUCAACGGAACACUAUAUCCACUACUUCAUGGGGCACCAAGUGGUUCAUCACCCUGUUUGUCAACACUGUACCCUUUUCUCAGCAACUACGGAUCUGGGAUGUGCUUUGGAUGGAAGGCCGAGAUGUGGUCAUUAUCACCAGUCUUGCCAUUCUAUGGGCUUUCCGAGACCUCCUCGCAUCGCCCCACGCCUCUUUCGAAUCGAUCCUGUCCCUUCUCUCAUCCUACUUUGUCGCCGAAGACGAAGACUCGCUGAUGCAGUGGAUCCACAAGGUGUUGGCGCUGAAGGGUCUGAGGGGAAAGAUGGAUGGGUGGCGGGUAGAGUGGAAGAGGCUUGUGAAGGAGGGAAAGAGCGAUACGGCGCUGUUGUGA